UACAAUCAUACAUAUAUAGCAGCCCCACAAAGUAUAUUUAAGGCAUUAAAAAUAAAUUAACGUAAUGUUAACAACUACUCAAUUAAUGUAAAGUUCACGAAAGAUCCUACUUAUUCUACUUGAAUGAACAUGAUAUCAGGAAAUUUAUGUUAAGAACAAAAGUGGAUUUAUCAUGCACUUUAAACUCUAAACGCUAAACCAAAGUCGCUACUCAUCAAUCAGUUAAGUGAAAUGAGGAAAAAGGGAACAGGGAAAUAUGGCCGAGCGAAAUUUGGCCGCGCCCCUCGUAUAAAGCCCAAGUCAUUUUUAGUGGCCUGUGAAAAGCUAUGGACAAUCAGUAAAGGAAAACUUAAGUUAGGCUGCUCCAUUAAUCCCACACGUAGGGCAUGGUGGAGUUUUUCGGAAAAAGAAUCAAUAGGAAAGUAAUUGAAUAGUUCUUUGUUUAACAUCAAUGUUUAUACCUUUUCACUUUGUCCUUCAUUUUGAAAAAAAAAACAAAGUAACCCCCUCUCCUCUCUCCCCUCUCAUUUCUGUCCAAAUCCUUUAAAGAAGACUCUCGUGUGGCAUAAACGGAGUUUAGAUCCGAUCCUGAAGUUAUUAGCCGUUGUUGACGUCAUAUGCAAUGCACGAGGAGGAGUCUCUUUAUUAAAAUACUAACUUGGAUACACGAAAAAACUUCAUGACUCUGCAGCCGGGGUAAAUUCAAAUCCUGUUUGCGCGGCACCUUUUGAUUAGGCGGUUUACGCUGUCAUAUUUGACAUUAAAGUUUCGUGAUUUAAACUCUGACAAGAAGCAUUUUCUCAUAGGGCAUUGUUUAUUAUUAAACUCGGGUUCUUACGUUGAACACCCCGUGUUCUCACUGACUCGUCAUGAUGGACGGUUUGAUGCCACGAUCAAUUUAUUAAACCUCAUUAAAUAACAGGGUAGAAGAAAACUGAACGACUGGCAUGUUUAUCAGGCUUCGAACAGAGUUGAAAAACAAUCCACCCAGCUGUCCCUACUUCAUUUGUCGAAGCAGUGACAUUUUGAGACCCUGUUUGCUUCCAGUUUCAUCGAUGUUAAGAUAUGAAAUGAAAACAAAAAGCAAUUUGUGAUCACUUCAUUUUGUUUGGUUACACGAAAUAAGAAAGCCGAAUUAUAUUGUCAAAUAGACUGCAGACAGCUGGAACAAAGAUCUGCCAAUCAUUAAACAUGUCAUGGAAAUUCCCUAAUCGAUCAAUCUUUUCUCGCGAAUGACGGCAUCAAGCCGAACAGUUAUCUCACCUUCGCUAGAGCAUAAAUAGAGUGACGUUACUAACUGAAGAAACCAGAAGAAAACGUUUUUGUCAGCGUAAGAGCAGAAAAAGAAACUAAAAGGCGAUGUCGGAAAACGCGAAUACAACGAUGAAUAGAACACAGCCAUCGAGCUGCUCCAGCAAUCCUACAGCAGAAAAAAUUGGAGUGACCUUUGCUUACUGCUUGAUCUUCAUUUUUUCGUUGGCUGGGAACACUGUCAUCGGAAAAAUUGUCUACAAGUCGCAAACCAUGAGAAAGCCCAUCAACUUUUUCAUUGUAAACAUGGCCAUGUCAGAUCUGCUGUUUCCGAUUUUCUUGAUUCCUUGGAGGAUACAACCGCUCUAUAAAGACUCCUGGCUGAUCGGUGGUCCUCUUGGCCAGGCCUUAUGUAAGCUGGUUUCCUUCUUACCGGAAGUUUCCUCUACUGUGUCUAUUCAGAGCCUGGUUCUGAUAGCAGUGGAUCGAUUUGGAGCUGUGGUAUUUCCUCUCCGUUCUCCACUCAUCAGUUCGAAGCUGUGCCCGUUUUUCAUUCUCGCCACUUGGAUCGUCGCGAUGGCUAUUUUCUCUCCAGAGCUCUUCGCCAACAAAGUUGUUGAAUAUCCAGAAAAGCUGGUUUGUAAGCGGCAUUGGAAUGAAGUUUUUGGAGAGUCCUCAUCCUAUGAGUAUUACCUCGUGUCCUAUAUUGUUUUAGUCACUUUUAUUCCGUCGGUGUUGAUAGCCAUACUUUACAUUACCAUCUAUCUAAAGCUCAAGUCACAGAAGAUUCCAGGCGAGCAAUCAGCCAACGCUGGACAACUACGCCAGCAAAGGGAGAGAAAUGUACUAAAGAUGGCCAUUGCUAUUGUGUUAGGUGUAGACUCCUGGCUGAUCGGUGGUCCUCUUGGCCAGGUCUUGUGUAAGCUGGUUGCCUUCUUACCAGAUACCUCCUCUACUGUGUCUAUUCAGAGCCUGGUUCUGAUAGCAGUGGAUCGAUUUGGAGCUGUGGUAUUUCCUCUCCGUUCUCCACUGAUCAGUUCAAAGCUGUGCCCGUUCUUCAUUGUCGCCACUUGGAUAGUCGCGAUAGCUGUUUUCUCUCCAGAGCUCUUCGUCAGCAACGUUGUUGAAUAUCCAGGGAAGCUGGUUUGUCAGCGGCAUUGGAAUGAACUUUUUGGAGAGCUCUCAUCCUAUGAGUAUUACAUCAUGUCCUGUAUUGCUGUAUUCAUGUUUAUCCCGUUGGUGUUGAUAGCCAUACUUUACGUUAUCAUCUAUCUAAAGCUCAAGUCACAGAAAAUUCCAGGUGAGCAAUCAGCCAACGCUGGACAAGAACGCCAGCAAAGGGAGCGGAACGUCCUAAAGAUGGCCAUUGCUAUUAUGUUAGGGUUUGCAGCAUGCUGGCUGCCCCUCGCUAUCUUCUGGUGUAUUCUCCUUUUUACGGAGACCAUCAUAUGGCCGAAUUGUGGCGACCCUUACUUUGUAUAUGUUGUUAGGUUAUUGGCUUCCGCAAAUUGUGCCAUAAAUCCUGUUAUCUGUUUAAUUUUCAGCAGAAAUUAUCGUAAUGGGCUUAAGGCUCUCUUCACAUAAUUAUUUUGAACAGCGCAGCAGCUGAUGAUACUUAUGUAGAGUAGAGAGGUUCGGUCGACCUAAAAGUCGUAAGAAACGUUAAUUUAAAACUGCUUCUUAUUUGAAUUCAAUGUACACUAUGGUCAUUAUGGGGGUUUAACUUGGUUAUUUUUUUCGUUGUUGCUGUUGUUUCAUUUAUAGUGUACUAUUGUUUCCACGUUAAGAUCCAAAUGGUUUGUUGACUGAGUAGGAAGCCAAGACAGGAAGCUUCUAUCGAUCAUUUACACGUUGUUAGUCCUCAGACACGUACCUUCAUACUUUAUACAAUUUGCGCUGUUAUUCAUUUUAUAAGUCAUCGCCUUCGUUUUAACUUUCAUAACUCCCCUUCGUUUCAGUGAAACAAAAUAAACGCCAAGCUUUUUUUCUUCCUCUUUUAUUGCCUUUGUUCUUUAUGCAAACUCAAUUUACACUGGUAAUUGUACCCUGGUGAUUAUAUGGAAAUGAAUAGUAUAAAAGAAUUUACGCGACCCCUCUUUCCCACCCAAUUACUCUACUCGAGGCAGCCAAAGCGAAGAGGUUGGUGACUAGCCACCCUCCCACCCAACGAGUAACUCGUCUUGAUCUAGCUGUCCUCUUCAAUCUUUGCUUGAUCUUAGCCUUGUCUCAGGCCAGAGUGAUUACCCAUAGCUUAUUACCAUGCCAUGAAUAACAAUACCCAUGGUAGAAUAUUACACCAUGUUUGAUUCGACUUCGCAGUAGUUAUGAGCUUGAUAGGCCCAGCAAACUUAAUUUAUUCUACAACAAACCGUCAUGUGCACCAGCUCAAGAACCUGGGUCUCAAGAUAGUUGGCGUUUUCUUUCCAAAUUAAGAGAAUAUUCAUUAUCAUUAUCACCUUUUAGGGCAUUGUGACGCAUUUUUCAGGCUAAAAUGUAUUUUUGCCCGCUGAAAUAAACCAAUUAAAAGUGAGAAUCAAACAAUCGUACGAUGUAGGCAGCCAAUCAAAAUCAAAACGCCAUUAAAAUGUUCGCGCGCUCUGUUCGCGCCGCUUUCUUGCAGCGAAGUUUCGGUGAAAGAAAUCAGGGUGCCAUUUUCAACGAGCAAAGUUUGACAUCCUACAUAAAGGAUAACUCAGCCUCACAGAAACGUGCUUGUUCGGACACUUUAGCCGUCCGUUUCUUUCAAGAGAAGCUUUUGAUGUCAGUAACGUCUGUAGUAGCUCCAUGGCCGAUGGUGAAGUGCAUGUAAGUUUUGCGGAUUCAAGCAAAACGCACUCAGUUCAACCAAUUAAGCUUAUGCCAAACUGCCAGUUUAGCAAUUGUGCAAAUUAAUUUCAAAACUUACAAAUAAACUUUAUCAAACUUUCCUUUCAUAUCUUUUGCAAAUUUUGAAAACUCAAAUGACAAGAUUUUGUAAUUUCUAGCCAGCUUCGCUGAUGUAUCGUGUACUUUCAUUGAGGGAAAACUUGUUGUUUUUCUUGUUGUUAUCAUUUUUUUCAAUUUUUGUUUUCUCAAUACCCUCCAAAGUGGUAAUAAUAGUAAUAGAGUUUAUGUUCUUGGACAUUAUUUUGUUUUGGGUCUUUCUCAGAGCUCAUUGUAGCCCUUGCCUAGCGGCUCGGGCUAAAAUGAGUCUGAGUCGGGCCCAAAACAUAUUUAUGCCCGCGAACAUAAACUCUAUUGUUUUAUUGUCGAAACUUACUAAGUUCCCCUCUGAGACACGUACCUCCGUGCAUCAUACGAUUUUCAGUGUGAUAUUUACUGUUUAUUUGUACGUGCAAAUGCUGAAUUCACAUUUGAUAAUCUCGAACGAACAAGUGUUAUGCGUUUGCCUGUUCAAACGAUCCCGCAAAGUAACUUAUGGGGAUAAAUAGUUUUACGAAAUAAAAGCCCACUCGGCACUUUUUAGCGGUGAUACCACUAUUUACCAAGUGAUGUUACA